CGUCCAGCAGCGCCGCUGUGGUACGGUCCAAGCUGGAUGCGUUUGGCUCAUUGACCGGCGAACAGUCCUCAUCAGUACCAAGCAGAGCCCCCGGAACUUCCCCUUGGUCCCCCCUCCCGCAGCCCGCAGCCUCUCCGUCCUGAUGAAGCAGACUCUGGGCGAGCUGAUGAGGAUGAGCAGGAUAUGCCGGAUGCUUUUUGCCACUUGUUUGGGAUCCUUUAUUUUGGUCAUCUUUUAUUUUCAAAGUAUGUUCCAGCCAGUCAUGCAGAGGAAUCCCUUUGUGGUGGACGGCUGCUGCCGGAAAGGGUCCCGCAACGCUCUGCAGGAGCUCUACAGCCCCUCACAGUUGGACCCAUCAGGAGCUGCUCUCCUCCAUCAGGCCAGGAGGGACAAGGUGGUGGAGUCCUGCAGAGUUAACAGCGCUUUCAGUCGAAAGCGGAGAGUUCUGACACCCGGGGACCUUAAACACCUCGUGGUGGACGAAGACCAUGAGCUCAUCUACUGCUAUGUCCCCAAGGUGGCCUGCACCAACUGGAAACGCGUGAUGAUGGUGCUCACAGGCCGGGGCAAAUACAGUGACCCCAUGGAAAUCCCCUCCAAUCAGGCCCAUGUCCCUUCCAAUCUGAAGACGCUGAAUCAGUACAGCAUUGCUGAGAUCAACCAUCGCCUCAAGAACUACUUCAAGUUCCUGUUUGUCCGUGAGCCCUUUGAGAGGCUGGUCUCAGCUUACCGCAACAAGUUCACCCUGAAGUACAACUCGUCCUUCCAUAAGCGCUUUGGCACCCGGAUCAUCAGACGCUACCGCAAGAAUGCCACCCAGGACGCCCUGAUCAAUGGCGCUGAUGUCAAAUUCAAAGAGUUUAUCGAGUACCUGGUGGAUCCAGCCACACAGCGUGAUGGUCCACUCAACGAGCACUGGCAGACAGUUUACCAGCUUUGUCACCCAUGUCACAUCCACUAUGACAUGGUGGGCAAGUAUGAGACCCUUGAAGAGGAUGCAAACUACAUACUGCGGCUAGUGGGUGUUGGUGACUCCCUGCGCUUCCCAAGCUACGCCAAGUCCACUCGUACCACAGACGCCAUGACCGCUCAGUUCUUCAGCAAUAUCAGUUCUCAACAGCAGGUCCAACUCUACCAACUUUAUAAGAUGGACUUCCUCAUGUUCAACUACUCCAUACCCAGCUACUUGAAGCUGGACUAAAUGACAGCAGAGCUGGUACUCUGACAAUGGCUGCCUUGUUUGCAGAAGGGCAAAAAAAAAGAGUGAAGUGCAAAUUUUGGAAGAAAACUUGAUUUUUAAAAACUGUCGUUGUGCUUUGUUGGUGUUGUGUCUGCAAAUGGAUAUUUAACGAGUCCCGAAAGGUUAGAGGAAAGCGUGCUUGUGUGAGCAUAAGCUGAAGGAUGUUCAGUCAGCAGAGCCAGAGCGCUGACUGGAGGAGGAAGCGGGCUUGAAGGACCUAACACCUACAAAAACUGAAAUGUCUGGGUGAAGCAGGUCUUCAAGAAGAACUUAUCUUCAGAAGAUGAACUUAAUCGAGGGAUUCUUCUGAUUAUGUUCUCUACAUCAGAGGCUGCCUCACAUUCUGCCGAGCAAACAGCAGCCUAACACACUGACUCCAAUGCAUUGUGAGAGCUAAGCUCAUCCCUUCUCCCCUUUUAUCUAAGAAACUCCGUCAAAUUGUAAAGCAGUUCUUGUCCUGUGCUGCCCUGUCAGCAUGGUGAGUUAAUACCCCUUACCUAUGAACCAUUUCAUUAGAUUCAUGUCAAAGGAAAAUUGGCUUAUCACAUCCUCAAGGGUGCCUUAUAAUAUACGGCUCCUUAUUUUACCACCAUGAACUCACCGGCAGUAACUACAGCGGUGUAGCCUUCAGUCAAGUGUUUUACCAAAGUCAGUUUUAUUUCCAGUUUUCGAUGCUGGCAGAACAGAUCAUCCAAUGUUUCGACUUAAAAGACAUCAACGCAUCAAUGACGUUUGAAAGUUCUUUACAGAUUGAUCAGACCGGCCAACCAGCAAGGAUGCAUUAAAGAACGGGAUGCAUGAAUGUGAUUGGGUGUACCUUAAAGAAAAGAGAGUUAAUGAGGUUUUCAGGAGUGACAGUCACUGGAUCACAUAGCCACCAUGCCCCUCAUAGGGGCCCAGUGGACAGAAGCAGGCACACACCCAACCAGGCUACCAGCCAAACACGUCUUUAAGUAAAUUAAGAUUACCCUUUUGUCGUCUUUCUUAUGUUUUGUUUCUGUUUAUCUUAUGAAACAUUGCUGCAAGCAGCAAUAAUAAAAACAUAUUUAAUUGA